GUUAACAAAGAACGUUCGCAACGUGUGAAAGAUUUAGAAUCCUAUUGGAGAUAUGUGAUUAAGGAAUGUGAACUGGUGAAUAAGUUUGCACGAUUCCCACCUUCUCGCAUGUAUGCUUGA